UAGUUCAUUUUCCAGGAGAUGCCGGGGUUAGCUGAAGGCAGCAGACUUUCAUUGGGUAACAGUGCUGUCAUGCAGCUCUGCUAACUUUAACCCUGCAGUGGUUUAGACUUUAAAACGGGACUAAACCAACCCAAGCUCAUCACUAACUGGUGUGUCCAACUCAGCUGCUGAUCCAACAGCAUGCAGCGUGGCUCCUCUUUGUCAGAAAAGUUGAUUCAUCGUCCUAUUAUUAGCUCAGGCGCUCGCGCGCUGCUUAUUGGGGAGAUUUGUGCUCGCGCGCAGACUGUGGGAUCUGAUAGGCUGCUGCAGAAAGAGUCGCAGCAAUGAGGCCGACAAAAAGGUCACAGCAGGAUCUGCAGGAGUUGGACGAUCUGGUGCGAAAACAGGCAAAGAUUGAUGAAACCGGCUGGACGGGGGUGAACGAGCGCACCUUCAUCGCAGUGAAGCCUGACGGUGUGCAGCGGAAACUGGUGGGAGAAAUAGUGCGUCGUUUUGAGAAGAGAGGCUUCAAACUUGUGGCACUUAAACUUGUAAAGGCAUCUGAGGAACUUCUCAGCGAACACUACUGGGAGCUGAGGAAAAAGCCUUUCUACAGCAGACUGAUAAGCUACAUGAGCUCUGGACCAGUUGUUGCAAUGGUGUGGCAGGGUUUAGAUGUUGUGAAGACGGCUCGCAAGAUGCUGGGAGAGACCAACCCUGCAGAGUCACUGCCAGGAACCAUUCGCGGAGAUUUUUGCGUGGAAGUGGGCAAGAACGUGAUCCACGGCAGCGACUCGGUGGAGAGCGCCCAGAGAGAGAUUUCUCUAUGGUUCCGUCAAGGUGAGCUCCACCGUUGGGAGAGCAGCUCCAAGAACUGGAUCUACUGACAGUUUCCAGAGAAACUAAUAAGAAAGGACCCAAAAUGGUGUUACAAUGUUAUCUUUUUUUUUGUUUGUUUAGCUUUAGCCAUUUGUAGCUUCAUAGCACAGAAAAGUAAUCUCUGCCUUGUUGUUUCAUCUCUUUGGUUUACAUUUUUUGUUCAAAGUAAGGUGAGAAUCUUUGCAGAAAUGUUAGGAGCAGUAAUGGAUGUUUUUCGUUUCAAACUAUAAAAUGUACUUAAUGCAAAGAGAAAAUGUGGAAUCAGGAGGAUAAUGGGUUUAAAAUUGACUCAUUACAUGUUUUAUUUAAUAAUGAGUUGCUAUUAACCAUUUAAAAUUGCAGAGGCAAAAUUACUUGAUGUAUAUGGUGAAAAUUACACUAAAUCAACCCAAAAGGAGAUUAUUGAUGUUUGAAAAUUGCUAUUUUCUUUCAUUGAAUGCUUUCCAGUAAGUUAAAGUCCUCUAUGGAUGUAAAAUAAUAAUGUGGAAAUACUUGAAUGUAAAGUUUUCAGCUUUUGAACAGCAUUAAACUCUUUACUAUUGUUGCUUUUCUAUUUUAAUACCAGGCUCACUGAAUGCAAUAAAUAUAGCACAUUUGUAUAAUAAACUCAUAAAAAACUGUCUAAAGAUGA